AUGAGAAACUACUACCAGGCUCCCCUGCCAGCCCGCAGGGUCCAUGAAAGAGGCCCAGGCAUCUCCAGGGCUGCUCCUGCAGCUGGCGUGGCCCUCUCCGCAGGUGCACCAGCAGUGAUGCAGCAGCUGCGAGCGGAGACACAUGCCAUCGGGGCUGGCGAGGGGCCACAGCGUGCGGUGCCCUGGUUGGCCUGGGUCACGCGGGAGGGCUGGGUGCGCUGGUGCAUGUGCCAUGUGCCCCCAAGCUGGACCCAGUGGUGGACCACAUCAGGCUGGCGGCAACCGCUGCAGCGUGUGCUGUGGGGUCUGGAGGGGAUCCUCUACCUCCUGCUGGCGCUGAUGCUGUGCCAUGCGCUCUUCACCACCGGCUCCCACCUGCUGAGCUCCUUGUGGCCCGUGGCAGCUGCAGCGUGGCUCCAUCUGCUGCCGGCUGUCCUGCUGCUGGUGCUCAGUGCCCUCCCCGCCCUGCUUUUCACGGCCUCCUUCCUGCUGCUUUUCUCCACACUGCUGAGCCUCGUGGGCCUCCUCACCUCCAUGUCUCACCCAAGCCAUGCUCAGGACUUGGACCAAUAG